AUGCAGUCUAUAGCUGCUGAGCUGCAUUCAAUAGAACUUGCUGCCGCCCCUUGGGCUCUUCUCGAUGCGAGAGGGCCUUUACUUGUUAAGGCGGCGCUGCUGCAGGACUCCGCCGCUGCUGCUGCUGAAGAGCCAGGCAACAGCAGCAGCAGCAGCAGCAGCAGCAGCAGCAACAGCAGCAGCAACAGCAGCAGCAAGGGUAGUCGACCUUGUUGCGUGCUGCUGCUGACUAAUUGCUUCUGCUGCUUUGCUUCGGUAUUAACUGAAGAAGAAGCAGCAGCAACUGCAGCUGGUUCUUCUUCGGUGAGCAGCAGCAGCAGCGGCAACAACAGCAGCAGCAGCAACAGCAACAGCAGCAGCAGCAGCAGGGACAAGGGCGGCUCCUAUGGCAGCAAAGGCAGCAACAGCAGCAGCAACAACAGCAGCAAUGCAGAAGCAUCUGUUCCUACAGGGAGAAUUUUUUCGCUGCUGCAACAGCCCGACGCAGACACUGAAAUAAAUUUAAAUGGACACGCAGCGAAGAUUCUGCUGCCGAGGGCAGCAGCAGCAGCAGCAACAGCAGCAGCAGAAGAUACGGCAGCAGCAGAAGCAGCACCCAUCGAUGAACCUGCAGCAGCAGCAGCAGCAGAAGCAGCAGCAAAGUCGUACUUAGCCGUACGCUUUCUAGAAGGGCACAUCCUCCCUCUUUCUUUUUGCUUCCCGCUGCAGCAGCUUCCUGCUGCUGCUGCUCAGCAACUGCUGCUGUUGCAGCUGCACGCGCCGCUGCUGCUGCUGCCACUGCAGCAGCAGCACGGAGCACAGCCAGUUGCAGCCCUACAGCAAAUCGUCGCCAGUCUGCAGCUGGGGGAGGCAGCAGCAGCAGCUUCUGCUGCUGCUGCUCCUGCUGCUGCUGCUCUUGCUGGCACAAGCGGCAACAUCUCUGCAGCAGCAACCACAGCAGCAGCAGCAGCAGCAGCAGAAGCAGCACCUCAAGUCCGUUGUAUUCCUCAGCCUAAAUGGGCAGAAGGUGCAGCAGUAGCACUUGCUGCUGCGCAGCGCUUGCUGCUUCCGCAGCUCAGCAGCAGCAAUAACAACAGAAACAGCAGCAGCAGCAGCAGCAGCAGCGUGUGGGGUUCUCCCGCUAAGGGCCUUGUCAAUCGUUCGAAGCGCAGCGCUGCAACAGGUGCUGCAGCAACAACAACAGCAGCAGCAGCAACAGCAGCCGCAGCAGCAGGGGGUAGACGCACUAGCAGCUGCUUCAGCUUCUCCUGCAGAUGCUUCAUGCAGGAGAAUGGUUUAGAGGAGGGCCCCCGGGGCCGUGGGGCCCUGAGGGGCCCGCCGCAGAAGUUUGCGGUAUCUCAACAGCAGCAGGAGCAGCAGCAGCAAGGGCAACAGCAGCAGCAGCAGGAACACCAACAGCAGAAGCAGCAGCAACAGCAGCGACAGCUGCAGCAGCAGGCGCAGCUGGGGUUUUGCUCGCCACAGCAUUUUCCGCAGCAGCAGCAACAACAACAACAGCAGCAGCAGCAUGUGCUGCUGCAGCAACAAGGACAGCAUCGGCAGCAGCAUUAG